AAAACUUUUGCAAACUAAACCCCUGCUAGGUGGCGGUUCUGGUAGCACUGGUGGUACCAGUGGACGUGGACCUGGGUUGGAUGCUGAGAAGCCUCUAGAUGGCCACAGCGUGAUCGGAGGCUCCAUCAACAACAACCAGCUGAAGACACUGCAGGGCGAGCUGUCCGAGGUCAUCCUCACCUUCAGCUCCAUCAACGAUACCCUGAAGGGGCUCGAACACACGGUGCAGAAACACGGCAGCGUCAUCACCGACCUUGGAAACACCAAGGAUAAGAUCAUCUCUGAGCUGGACAAAAUCCAGCAGGAGGUGACGGAGCACAUCGAGGAGAGCGGGGAGCGCCUGGACGGGAUGGGUCGGGAUGUCCAGCGGUUCGAGAGCACGCUGCUGGUGGAAAUAGGAGACUGUAAGAGGUCUGGAGAAGGGUUGGAGAAGAGGCUGUCGAAGCUGGAGGGAGUCUGUGGGAGGUUGGACGGUGUCUCUGACUCCAUCCUCAAGAUCAAGGAAGGACUGAACCGACAUGUGUCGAGCUUGUGGACGUGUGUUUCUGGUCUGAAUGACUCAGUCGUCCAACACGGAGGAAUCAUGGACUUCAUUCAGAAGAACCAGGAAGAGGUCUACAGCAAGAUGAAGAAUCUGAACUCGAGCCUGAACCAGGUCUUCAAAGAGCUGCAGAGUUUCUCUGAGCGCGAGAUGACCGGCCUGCCGGGACCCCAAGGGCCCCCUGGACCCCCGGGAGAGAGAGGCAUCAAUGGGCUGCCGGGUCCACGAGGGCCCCUCGGACCUCCUGGACGACAAGGUGAAAGUGGAGCGCGAGGUCUGCCCGGUCCCAAAGGUGAACGAGGUGCGUCAGGUACGUGGUUUUCCACAGCAGGAAACGUGUGUCUGUCAGUAGCGUUGGAUAACCUUUCUCAUUCUGAGACGCAACAGCAGCAGAUCUGUGAACAGUUUUAUAAUGACAGCGAGAGGCUCGACUGCAGAGUCACACAGACCCGUCACUGUCUGCUUUAA